AUGUGCGUGGGCACUGACAAAACCGAGCCUGAUCCGGAGGCUUUCCAAGCCAAACUGUCCUGGGUGGAACCAGGGAGGCAGGAACAAGCCAUCAGCAUCUGGGAGUCGAAGAACUUCUUCAUCGAGCUGGACCCGCUCCCCGGCGCUGUGGAAGCCGUGAAGCAAAUGGCUAACCUGGCAGACACCGACGUGUUCAUCUGCACGAGUCCCAUCAAGAAGUAUCGUUACUGCCCUUACGAGAAGUACGCCUGGGUGGAAAAGCACUUCGGGCCCGAGUUUCUGGAGCAGAUCGUGCUGACGCAGGAUAAAACAGUGGUGUCCGCUGACCUGCUCAUCGACGACAGACCCGACAUCACCGGAGCAGAGCAGAACCCCAGCUGGGAGCACGUCCUCUUCACCGCCUGCCACAACAAGCACCUGCAGCUGAAGCCUCCCAGCCGCCGGCUGCACUCCUGGACGGACGACUGGAGGGCUCUCCUGGACAGCAAGCGGCAGCCGCCGCGCCGGGCCGCGUGA